CACGUCCACAAUGUUGUGAUCGGUCAUGAGCGCUGAGGUCAAAGCGCGCCGCUUUACACUCCGCACAUGACAGGACCAGGACAGAGUUGCACGUCUCUUGAGCUCCGUACUUAGUAUUUUCCGCCCAUUACCCGUUACCCAUUACCGGAACUACAUUUCUAUCUAGCUAACCAUGAUAACUAACAAUGAUAACCCGUGAUACUGUGUCCCGCAGACCGUAAUUUUCUGGUAACAACGGCUACAGAGAGCAAUGUCUCCUGUGUCGCUGAAGCACUCUUCAAAGUGGCAUCGGUUUUAGAAAACACAGUACGAAGAUGCAUUCCUGCGUGUGAGUGGACACUGAAAAAUUAUCGUAGCUACCGUGGCAUUGACUUGGUAAGUUACUUUUCCGAAGACGGAGAUGUUAUACGAUUGCCUCGUCUAUGAUUGGCUACCUCCGUGCUACAGGGCCAGUAAGUUCGUUAUUUGAAAAGGAGAAGUGACCUACUUACCUUUGGCUGUGUGCACCUAGCAAGUACGCGCAGGAGUACUAGUGGUAGCGGUAGUAGUAGCAGUUUCGGUUUUACUUCUACUGCGACCUGCUACCGUUUGCAGUAGUCUUGUAGAAGAAGAAGGACGAAUUGGAGGAGGAAAAGAAAAAGAAGCAAAAUCGGAAGAAGAAGCAUUGUCCUGCAUAGUUUGGGGGCCAAGGUACUAGUUCACCACAGUCAAGGCAACGUCUCCUCGCCCAUUCGGCUCGUUUCCAUAACAACGGCCGUCGAAGGACACGAUCGUCAUUGGCAGGUCCGUCAUUUAUGACUACGUCACGUCGACCAGGCUUUGUUUCUGUGGGGCGUUCGUCAAGACCAGAGAGCGCGAGGAAGAAGAAGAACCAUUGAGCACGAUCUUCAGGGCGUCCGUUCAACAGCAGGACUGGGAAGAACAGCGUUUACGACGAAAUACCAAGGUGACCGUAUAUUCGUGGAGGGAACCAAUCUGAACAUCCAGCAAGGACACAAGGUAGGUCAACGUCUGCAAUACGGUAGGAAGCGCCACCACAGAAAUGAAAACGAACAGCGGCGCGAGGAAGCUGAACGCCAGCCCAAUGUUCACGCCGAAGCGGCUAAGCGCGCCCUCCCCGUCUAGAAGUCGAAGCCGUCAACCUCGAGCUCCUGUGAAGGGCGCAAGUGCACAGCUGAGGGCCACAUCUGAUGUGACAGGAGACAGCAACGCUUCCUUAAAAGUGUACGAAGAGUGCCGGGAGAGUCGCUACCCAGCGUUCCCUUUCCCACAAUUUAUUCCUAUACCAUUACCAAUAGGUGGAGGCGGGGGCGCUGUGCCUAUUCCUAUUCCCGUCCCUUUCCCUGUACCAAUGCCGUACCCAGACAAUUCCUAUAGCACAUGGCAACCACCACCCCUACCUUCACCACCUCCUCCGUCCCCUCCACCGCCCCCUCCACCGCCCCUACCUUCGCCACCUCGUUCUCCACCAUCGCCCCCCGCUCAACUUCCUCCCAUCAUCAUAGCAUUACAAUCGCCUCCAGCUGCCACACCCGCGGUUCCCUCAGACAUGCCUUCGCGAACUGAUGUGUCACAGACAGACAUGCCAUCCCGCACGGACAUAUCAGAACUGGUCAAGCUACUUGUAAGCUUCAAGGAAGUUGGACAAAGCUCAACUGAAGUAAAGCCAGAUGAUCAGAAGCCAGGACCUGUCAGCCCUGAACCUGUUCCUGUUCCUGAACCUGUUCCUGAACAACAGGAAACGGGCUCUGAAAAAGGGUUCCACACAUACUUUCAGAAAACCGACACAGACCCCCCUUUGACACACGUCAUCGCAGGCGGCAGCGACAGCAGCACUGACGAAAUAGAGACGUCGUACGUAAGCAGCGAAGAAGAAAGUUCCUGGCGGUUGUACUGCGUGCUCUGCUGUUGCCUUCUCUUGCUCCUGCUUGCUGUGUGUACAUGUGUUCUGUAUUUUCUAAUGCCAAAUCUAUUCGGAAUAUUUGGCGGUACAAGAGAAAAGACCGAAGAAACCACUGCGAACACGUGGCAUAACGGCUGCAACAAUUCGACAGUGCCAUUGGAUCCAAACUGUACGCGGCCGAGGCUGUACCAUCUACCGAGGCAAUUAGAUUUCACGUUAUUACGGCUCGAACCAGAUAACGCAACGGACCGAGAACUGCCGCGCAAAGUCCCGUAUCGUGACAACGGGACGCAACAUGGCGAUAGUAAGCGAGCAGGGACGAAUGAAGAAGGGUCCAGUCAUGUCCCUUGCAUAACAGAAAACUGCCAAAGUGCAACGGCAAUCAAUUUUGAGAAUAGAAGACACCAGCCACUGUCUGAACCUCCGGGCGUCCAAACGGGUGCAGUAACGGGACAGGAGCACUACGGAAAGAAGGCGGCGCAAGAAGGCCCGUACGACGACAGACACCGAGAUUCGAAUGUCCACACGAUCGUCGACACCAAGAGUUAUCCUUCGGAACAUCCCAAAGGGGCGACGGAGGUGUCGGAAGAGAGACUUUGGGGGGAGGCUUCGUUUUCCACCAGUGACGUUUCCGAGCAGCUUCGAAGGAGUGUGACUCUUCAGAAAUGGGGCCACAUGCGAGGAUUUAUAGACGAUGACGAUACGGCACAAACCACGUCCACUGUUGCGACGGUGUCGAGUGAAGGUACAAAUAAUGGAUCACUCGCUCUCGUGACACUGGAAGAGUUUUACAUUCCAACCGCGUCUCGAUUCGAUAUACUGAAGACUGUCCUAGCCAAAAUGUUCAAGAAACGCCAGGAAAUUGCACCAACUGUAGGAACUGAAUCCCUGGAACUAUUAUUUUUGUGAAGCUUUCGCAUAAUCUCUCAAGUGUAAUUUUGUAUACACCAUACUUUUAUGCAUA